AUUCGUCAUGUCAUUCUUAUCCAAGGCUGGUGAAAGAUUCAAAUUGAAUCUUAAAAGAGUCCCAAAGUUUAGACUUGGUCAAUAUGAAAAACUUCAAAAUAAAAGUCAUCCACCAUUUUUAAGACCUGAUGUUAAAAUAGAUAUUCAAGCUGAUAAUUCCAUUCCAACUGAUUUCUCAAAAUUGAAAUACCUAGUUGGUGAUAGAGUAAUGAUUGUCAAAGGUCCUAAAAAGGGUAGUAUUUGUAAAGUGAGUCGUCAUGUUGAAGGUAAUGGUUAUAUAUUGGAUGAAAAUGGACCAACAAAUACAGUUGCAAUUCCAAAAAUGUUUUGGCAAGAAGGUCAAAAAUCUCAUAUUGUCACAUACCCAAGAGCCGUUUCAGGUGACAACUUGAGAUUAGUUGCAGAGAUUGAAGAUGAAAAAACUGGUCAAAUGAAGACUGUUGCAGUUGAAAAUUUAGAAUUUAAAGGCCAAUAUUAUGAUGAAGAUUAUAAAAAAGUGCUGAAAUAUAGAACAGUCAAAGGUCAAAAUGACCUACAUAUCCCAUAUCCAAGACCUGAUCCAAAAGAGGAGGGCCAAUUAUGCACAGAGGUUGAUAACGUUAGAGAACGUACUUAUUUCGUUGAAUCAGCUGUUAAAAGUUCAAUCCCAGAAGAUGCUCUACUCACAAUAAGAAACCCACAUUCUAAAUACAGACGUGCCAAAUUGACUAAAUUGGAUGUCAAGAGAUUGACACCACCAAGUAUGCCAUUAUCAGAAACAAGAAAGGCAUACUGGAAGGAAAAGAGAGAGUUGAGUAAAUUACCAAAGGUUAAUAUUACUGAUGAAAUGAAGGCAUUCUUGGGUGCAAAGAUUAGAGAACACGAAAAAGUUAAAGCUAAACAAUUUGAGGAAGUUUCAAAACUAUGAAGAAAUGAGAAAAUAAGAGACUACACUUGUAAAUAUGAUCACCAAAAUAUAAAGAAAUAUUUUUAGAAAUGUAUAUUUUUUCAUGAUUGGGGUGGCUUAUUAGUAGUUUUCAAAUCGUUUUCAUGUAAUCUAGCACUUUUAAUCUCAAAUUUUGAUAUUCUUAGC